AUGUUCAGAAAAGAUCUUUUAUUAGCAAAUGCAAUAGUUGCAGAUAUUAAAUAUUAUAAUGAACGAUCAUUUGAAUGUAUAUCUUCACUUCCAAAAUGUAUUGUAGCAAAUGGUAAGAUAUUUAAGAUACCAACAAAAGGAAGUGAACAGUGUGCAGGUUAUGAUCUCUAUGCAAAUGAUGUAGGAGUAUUGCAACAAAAUGAAAGAAAAUUAAUUUCAACUGGUGUAAAAAUGCAAAUUCCGAAUGGAUGUUAUGGACAAAUAUGUGCACGAAGUUCAAUGGCAUUAAAGGGUAUAGAUGUAGGAGCUGGUGUCAUCGAUUCAGAUUAUACUGGUGAAAUAAAAGUGCUAUUGAUUAAUAAUAGCAUUAAUAAUUUUGCCUAUAUUCAUGGAGAUAAAAUUGCACAAAUUAUUAUAUUACCAUUGAAAAAAGUGACUAUGUUUAAUGCAACUUUUAAACAAACACAAAGAGCUGAAAAAGGAUUUGGUUCUACUGGAAAAUAA